GCCGAAAAAAUCAUGCAACUUGGUUGUUUAAAAAACAACAAUAACAAAGACGUUUCAAAAGUUGGACUUGGCUUCGUUUGUUGAAAAACACGACGAUUUUCGAUAAAGAUUUGGAAAUAUUUCACAAAUUAUUGAUUUGCUCUUGAAAUUAAGGUGUGCGUGUUGAACAUAGCAUACAAGUAACUCUUGGUGUUCAUAGGGUUUGCGGCAAUCAAAACUGGAACGAAAAGUGCAAAAUUUCGGAGUUUUUUUGCAAAGAAUAUAAACAAAUCAGGUGCUAAAUUGAAAUAAUUUAAUUGCGGCGACUUAGCUUUUGGAGAUAAAACAACGAACGGUUUUGUGGUUGCUGUAUUUUUUUUAUUGACUUGACCUUAAAGUCCAUUAAUUUUGAUAUUUGCUGCUGACUAUAAUUCCAAGCAUACGAUUAUCCAUACGAUAUGAAAAUUACGGUUACCACCACGUCGACCGAUAAGGUCUUUUUCCUCGAUGUCAGUGAAGAUUUGGAAUUGGAAAACUUUAAGGCUUUCUGUGAGGUUGAAUCCGGCAUAGCCGGUGCCCAAAUGUUGGUAAUAUUCAAUGGCAAACCUCUGAUGGAUAACAAACAGCCAUUGAAACAUUUCGGCAUCAAGGAUGGCGAUUGUGUUAUAUUGCAAAAACGAGAAAUGCGACGAGAACCAGCAACUCGUCCACCGCCAACACCUAUGGAUUUGGACGAGGCGGCUAUACGCAGUUUGGACUUUAGCAAUAUAAGUAUACCAGGCACUAGUAGUUCAGGAUCUACGGCAUCGAGUCUUGCUGCUGGUGGUGCAUUCCGUUCCUUACCCUCGGCCAGUGGCGUAAUCAAUUACAAUGAUUCAGAUGAAUUCAAUGUCAACUAUGACGAUGACCCAGCCACGGUGCGUCAAAUGUUCUUGGAAAAUCCUGAAUCAUUGGCAUUGCUGAAACAAAACAAUCCUCGUUUGGCCGAUGCUUUGUUGUCGGGCAAUUUGGAGACCUUUAAAACGAUUUUAAAGGAACAAAUUGAUGCACGCAAGGAACGCAAUGCACAACGUCUGCGUAUGCUAAAUGCUGAUCCAUUUGAUGCGGAAGCACAGCGUCUAAUCGAAGAGGAAAUCAAACAGAAAAAUAUACAAGAAAAUAUGGCAGCGGCCUUGGAAUUUAAUCCGGAAAUCUUUGGAACGGUUAUUAUGCUUUACAUUAACUGUAAAGUAAAUGGUGUCCCAGUAAAGGCCUUUGUCGACUCUGGCGCCCAAACCACCAUUAUGAGUUCAGCCUGUGCUAAACGUUGCAAUGUCACACAUUUGAUUGACACCAGAUGGAGUGGGAUUGCCAAAGGUGUUGGCACUCAACGAAUCAUUGGCCGUAUCCAUAUGGUACAGCUGCAGAUUGAAAAGGACUAUUUGGCUUCGAGUUUUUCGGUGCUGGAACAACAGCCCAUGGACAUGUUGCUGGGCUUGGAUAUGCUCAAGAGACAUCAGUGCAACAUAGACCUGCAACGCGAUGUCUUGCGUAUUGGUACCACCGGCACCGAAACUCCUUUCUUAGCCGAAAAUGAACUGCCCGAUUGUGCCCGCCUCUCGGGCAAUGCUGACGAAGAACUCAAAGCUCUGGAACAAUCUGCCAACGACUCUGAAGCCCAGGCCAUCAAAGAAGCCAUUGAACAGAGUAAACGAGAGGCAGCCAGUGGUAGUGGUGGAGCCUGCACAGCCUCUGCAACAGCAACAGCAGCAACAACAUCUACGGCGACAGCAACGGCUACGGCCAAUACAACAACGUCGGCAGCCAAUUCAAAUACAUCAAACUCAUCUAAUGGUGAAAAUUUCAAUGAAGCCGAUGUUGCUGAUCUCAUUAAAAUGGGCUUCACCCGUGAAGAAGUUUUGGAGGAACUACGCCGCUCCAAUGGCAAUAAAUUGCAGGCUACGGCAGGGCUUUUAGCCAAAUCUUUAAAGUUUUAAGUAAAAAACGAAAAUUCACAAAAAUUAAAAAAAAAAACAAUUAAAAAUCACACAAACAAAACGUUAUCCAUCAUAAAAAGAAAAAAAUAAUAAUACCUCCUUUUUUGGCGAUUUUUUUAUAUAAAAAAAUGAAAAUAACUUUAAGUAAAUUAAAUUUUAAGUAUAAAAAUAUAUAUAUACAUACACAAAUGAACAAUGAAUGAAGAACUUUGAAUUUGAUAAACAAAAAAAAAAAACAUUAUAAGAAAAAAGAAACUUAAAUACAAAAUUUAGUAUAAUUUUGUAAAACACAAUAUUGCAUAAUUAUGAAGUUAUUAAAAAAAUAAUUAAGAAAAUGUUUUCUUAACAAAAAAGUAAAGACACAAAACAUUUAUGUUAAUGCAUGACAUAUAAAUAUUAAAGACUCUUAAACAUUGUUGGGGAAAUGAGCAAAAAUCUUAAUCGGUUUGAGGAACAAAUAGUUUUUACUGUGGCUAUGGUUGAAUACAUUAAGUCAAAGGUGGUUAAAUUGCAACUUGAGAAGUUUUUAGAUAAGAUGUAGAGCAAAGCAUAGUAGGUCAGGAGUUCAAAUGAAAAAAUGAGAUUUCCAAAUUUAUAGAAAUAAUGUAAUUAU